AUGAUCUCAAAAAUUUCCCCGGCACGGAAAGUGGAUAAACGGCAAUUGGUCGUUGACGACACAAAAGAUGACCAGAAAAUCAACUCUGAGCAGAAUCGGACAAAGCGGCGCAAGAUCGGUCGUGAUAUUUCUGUCGUCGGCAACGAGAAAACUGAGUCGCUGAAGCCUACGAAUCAAGAGAACACUCCUGCCAGCUCCCUAGAACAAGAAAGCAACGUGGACCAAAGGACACCAGUGACAGAGUCUAGGAGCAAGGAGAAUCAUGGUCGGAAAGAAAAAGGUUCUCAGCCAGCGGAUAACGCCCUGAGCGUCGCGGGUGAUUUCUCUCAAACUAAAUCCACAACUGCUGUAUCAAGGCGCCACAAGGGAAAAUCGUCUGGAGAAUUUCAAUCUUCCAAUAACCCGUCGAAAUCAGCACAAUGGUCCGUGUUACGCACUGUGGGCGGCAGAUUUGCUGAUAUUGACGCCAUUAUCACACCAGAUGAGAAGCAUUUUAUCCUUUUCUCGAACACUUUCGCUCGGGUCUUUUCUGUAGCGACCUCCAGUGUGGUACGGACGCUAGAGAUACGACCUGAAAUGCGGAGUAUUACUGCCUGCAAACUGUCCCCUGUCAAUCCGGAGCAUCUUUAUAUGUCGACUAUUUCUGGAGCCAUUAUGAAAUGGGACUGGAUAUCGGGGGAGCAUAUUGAGACAUGGAAUGUUUCUGGCGAAAUAUUUGCUAUUGACAUCUGUACUAGCUCGAGUGGCAAGGAUUGCCCCGAUGAGGAUGUUGUGGUCUCAAUGAAUUCCGCAGGCUCAGGGGAAGUGCAGAUGACCAUGCACUCCAAGAGGGGAUCGGAUUUUUGGAAUACCAGAGUUAUUCGAGAGAUGUCCACAACUGCCAAUGAACUCAAAGUCUCCUCCGAUGGAAGGGUUAUUAUAAUAAUUGCUGAUGAUCAGCUGUUUGUGGGGUAUAGGGCUGGACUGCGAUUGAAAGCGUGGGAUUCGAUCAAGUAUACCUGGCUGGAGGUCACUUUGUCUGUUGCUGUUACUUGCUGUGAUAUCCGCGAACGUUCGCUAUCGGACCAGGUGUCCUCUCCGACGUCGGGAGUAGUGGACCUUGUCGUCGGAGAUGUGGAGGGUGCAAUCUUGAUCUACCAUGAUAUCCUCAAUUCUUUGCUACGAACUGAGAACAAAUCCGAGGCCGGAACAAGUUUAGUGACAAACCGUCUACAUUGGCAUCGGAACGCGGUCAAGUCAGUGAAGUGGUCUCGAGAUGGGAACUAUAUUAUCUCGGGUGGUUCGGAGACUGUCAUCGUACAAUAUCAGCUUGAUACUGGAAGGAAACAGUUCUUACCCCAUCUUUCGUCCCACAUCUGCUCCAUUGUCGUAUCUCGUACAGGGAAAUUUUAUGCAAUCCGGCUUGCGGAUAAUUCUGCCAUGGUUCUGUCUACAUCAGAGCUGCGCCCUAUUGCUAGCGUGAGCGGCGUACAAUUACCAUCAGAAGUGGAUGACGUCGCCAGGAGAAAGCCAUCACAAGGGCGCAAAAAGGAUAAGUCAUCGAGCUCGAAAUACGUCGAACCCAACCCAGUUUCCUUGCCUGCUGUUCUACACCCCAUACAAUCCGAACAUCUCCUUGCAGCGGUUCCCUCCUCUCCCGCCCGAUCAGCUGAUAGUUCCCCCAGCGCAUCGUCGCUUCAGACCUUCAAUGUACUCACCAACCAGCAAGUAUCUCGUCAAGCACUUGCGAGAACAAAUGCCACUAUCGUCAAGACCGGGCCGCAAGGAACGGAGUUAACAACACCCGAUGUCAAGUUCCUUGGUAUAACUUCAGAUGGAGAGUGGCUGUCGACGGUUGAUGAGUGGUUGCAGUAUUCCCAAGACGUGAGCGUGUUGUACCCACCGAGUAUUACCCUUCAAAAGGAAAGGAGAGAAAUAUUCUUGAAAUUUUGGCGCUGGAAUGAAAGUGCACGAGAGUGGGAACUAAGUACACGAAUUGAUGCGCCUCAUUUCGAUCCUUCGUUCGGGCCUGCGCAGGUGUUGGAUCUAGUGGCUAAUCCCGCAGGCUCCGCAUUUGUCACUGUUGGGGAAGAUGCCGUUGUUCGAAUCUGGUCUCCUAAUGCUCGCUAUCGCAGCGGCCAGACGAUCAAAGACAAACAGAAUCAAACCCUGCAAACCUGGAGAGCCGUUCACAGCAUCUCGCUCGAAAGAUUCUCAGAGGAAUCAGAAUCCGCAGUAAUUUCCAAAGUGGGCAGCCUCGCAUUUUCAGACGAUGGUUCCGUUCUUGCUGUCUGUUGGACUGACCAGAGCGGAGCGCGACUGGUUUAUCUCAUAAAUCCCAAGAACGGGGAGAUCUGCCAUGCACGGGACAACCUUUACCUAGGCAUAUCGCGCGGGGUGGGCUUUUUGGAUCGGCACCUGGUCGUCCUCUCUGACCAGCUGGUAGUGUGGGAUACAGUGGCCGACAAUGUCAAGCUGACAAUGUUGAUGGAUGACAACGCAGCUGACCCAAAGGGAAACCGACCAAAGAUACUUGCCGUGAACCGUAAAAGCCAAACAUUUGCCAUCUCAUUCACCCGCAUUAAGCGGAAAGGUAGCCGCAAGUCGCACAAAGAGCACCCGCAGCAGCAAAAGCGAGGGAAGGCCCGCCAUCAGUUGGCCAUUUUUGACGUUAAAUCCCUGAGACCUGUUUUCCAAUCGACCCUAGACCAUGCCUGUCGUGCUCUCCUCUCUGAUCUCCGAACUGGCGAGUAUGUCCUGAUCGAUGCGGCCGCUCAGAUCCAGCGGAUUGGCUCGGGUGAUUGGAAACAACUCGUACCCCAGAUUGCGGCUGACGCUUCCUCGUCCCUGAUACAAACGGGUCUGGAGAACAUUUUCGGCGCAUAUGGGCAUCUCGAACGCGUAUCGCCUGCUGGAGCGGAUGCGACAGUGUCCCUACCAACAACAGGGCAAAUCCGCCGUGGUCAGGAAGCGGCACAAGCAAAGGAGGGUAGAAGCUUGACUGAUAUCUUUGAUGUCGGACCGUCGUUUGUUUUGCCGGGCGUUGAUACCUUUUUUGAGGGUGUUGUUGAGCAUUUUAGUAGGGCAAAUGCGAAUGCUGUUACGGUAUAG